AUGGCGGCUAACAAGAUUCACUAUGGAAAGAUCGCUAUACCUUCGCAGCCCGCGACGCCAAUCCACUACACCUUUGUCCCAGGAAGUGGUCAACUAAAGAACGGACUUGAACCUCCUCUGGUCGUAUUUCUGAGCGGCCUGACGGACCCCCGAAAGAUAUGGACACCAAUGUUACGCGUCAUUAAGGAGGAUGGUUGGGUUCAGGGCAUCUUUCAACCUGCAAUGCUCCUGUAUGACCGUUUCGGCUCCGGAGAAACAGCGGAAAUCCCCGCCACAGAGAUACACGAUGCGAUGGACGCAACGAACGAUCUACGGAACUUGAUAGUCGGUGUCAGUGAGAAACAUCUCAAGAUAGUACCGAAUGAGAUCGACAGCUUGCCGAUUAUCUUUGUCGCCCUCUCCUUUGGAGGAGUUAUCGCAGAGCUCUAUGCUAAAAAAUAUCCAAGCACGGUGAUAGGGUUACUGUUGCUAGACCCGGCCCCCACCGACACUGAUGGAGAGAGUUGGCUUCCCAAUCCAGAUGCGCCGGACUUCAAACCUGAAACACUUCCGGAUGGUGUUACAACAAUCAUGCUUCGUAAAGCGAGGGCACAGCAUCGAGCUAGCCCUUAUAACCCUAAUACGCCGAACAAAGAAGGUAUAAAAUGGGACAACCUAUCGACCUACAUACCUGAGGUUGGAAGACCACAGCUGAUGGGUCCUUGGAAGAAAAUGCCUCUUCUGACGAUCAUGACACAUGAUCCUGUACCUUUUGCUGAGCAGGUGGACAAACUCACUGGGAUACCAGCACUGUUAACAUUGACUUAUAAUUCUCCAAAGUGGUUCAUCUAUCUUGAGAAACUAGCAAAUUUGGUACCGUCGCAUCUCCGAAAGGGUCCCAUCGUGGCGAAAGGAAGUGGGCAUUUUAUACCAUUGGAACAGCCUAGGCUCGUAGCUACGGAGCUCAAGGAACUCAUUAAGAAGUUGCAGGCUGUGCGGAAUAGUAAUCUGUGA